ACAGGGGUUUUCCGCAUGUUCUGGGGCUCCAGGAGCAUAUAUAUCCAGCGACCCAGGCGCCCAGCGAGACUGAGGGAGCAGAGCCGGACCCACUGGAUUCUUCAGCACACCACUGACGCAGGCUCGGGUACGAUGAUGUGGGCUUUCUUGGCACUGUGCUUCCUGCUGUGCCAUUCUGCCCAGGGGGCAGCGAGCGCAGGAGAGCAGAGGGCCCUGGGGCAGAGGGACAACAGCCCAGAGGCGCAGGAGGGGCGCGGCUGCAGUUCCACGCUGGCAGAGGUGCUGGGGCAGCUGCUGAGGCAGUGCCUGGCCUGGAAGGGAGGCUGGGCGGAGCUGACCUGCGACCCCACCGAGAUGGGGUUCCACGGCUUCACCCCGGAGCCGAACUCCAGCAGCUCCUUCCCCUGGUACAGCUUCCUGGUCCAGAACCGCAUCCGCUACUACCACCUGCGCAAGGCCAACGCCAGCCUGUCCAAGUUCGAGCUGUCUCCGGACGACCGCCACACGCUGGUGGGCCUGUCCCUGCUGCGCCCCGCCAACGCCUCCUCUUCCUCCUCGCCCAAGGUAGGCUCAGUCUUCCUCUCGGACCCGUGCAGCGACUGGGGCACCGUGCCCAUCCCGGCCGCCGCCCUGCAGCCCCUGCGCGGCCUCCCGCCGGCCCGGUUCCAGAGCGCCCUCUCCAGGCUGCAGGCGGAAGCGCAGCGCCCCCGCCGCACCAAGCGCUGCCUGCUGUGCAAGAUCCUGCCGCUCAUCUACGUGAAAAGCAGCGACCAGCACGACGGCAGGGCGGUGGUCCACUGGCAGAACAUCCACGAUUCGGACGAGUACAGCCGCGUGGCGCUGUACCCCAACGCGGACUCCUCGCCCUGGGGCUUCCUGACCAAGGCGAACGCGGAGGGGGUGACGGACGGGUAUCUGCGCACCCGUGUCCCGGUGCACCCCAACAUGGAGGCGCGCUUCUACCUGGACCCGCUGCUGGUGCUGCUGGAGCGGAAGAGCAAGGGCUACCACCUGUCCUGCUACGAGGACCCCACUUACGUCAGCAUGUCCAUGAGGCUGCAGCUGGUGGCCCAGCAUGGGCAGGCCUGCGCCCGCGUCUUCAUCGACGUCUCCCAGCACCCCAACUGGCGCAACGAGGUCUACUACUGGUGGGUGGGCUUCUACAGCAGCCGGAACAGGGCCGCCAACGAGCACCAGGAGUACCAGUGGGUGACCAAGGCCUCCUACGUUACCUCCGUCUUCCUGGACGAGGAAAUUUUCGGGGUGUACGACGUGGGCUGUGGGGGCCACAUUGGCCCCCGGAUGAAUGUGCGCAUCUUUGGGAGCCGAGAUUACUCCAGAGAGAGGGCCCGCACCCCAGAAUGGGACUGCUGAGAGAGCCCCGCCGACGCACAGAAAUCCCACCGCUGACUC